AUGCAGGUUGCAAAGAUGAUCAGCAGCGACGCGGCAGCGACAGCAGAAGCGGAAGCGAGUCGUCACGGUAUGAUGAGCCGGCCCUACGAGAUGGUGAGGCAGCUAGGGUCAUGCAACGCGGUGGUUGUGUUCAGCGCGAGCGGCUGCCCAAUGUGCACCGUGGCCGAGCGCCUCCUCUUCAGCCUCGGAGUUGGCCCCACCAUCGUGGAGCUGGACCGCCACGUGGAGGGGCCGGACAUAAGGGAGGUGCUCCGAGAGCUGGCGGAUGGGCAGGGGCAGCAGCAGCCGGUUCCGGCGGUGUUCAUUGGAGGGAAGUUCUUGGGCGGCGUGGAGGCGCUGAUGGCUUGCCACAUCAACGGCAACCUCGUCCCUCUUCUCAAGCACUCCGGCGCUCUCUGGCUCUGAUCUGAUGACCGAUGUCCUGAUUCUAAGUCGACUGGUUUCGCUUUUAAUUAGUUAAUUAUAGUUUCAAGAACAUGCAUCUCUGAAACCCAUAAUAUCAACCGUAGGGUUUUGCUUCUCUCACUUUAGUCUUUGUCUUCUCUAGCUUGCUAUUGGCUUAUGAGUAGGAUAAUGAUGAUAAACUUAUAUUACGUACAAGCUGGGUUGUACGGCCUAUUUCGUGGGUAUAACAUGAAACAUGCUAGCCUAGUUCUCAUGAUGAUCAUAUGUAAUAUCUUUUUAGCUA